AUGCCUCUCAUCAACGAAUCCCACGAUUCGCUCCCUUACAUCGAACCGGAGCCUUCCACCCAGGCGCGAGCAGCUGCGGAACAGCUAAUCGCUGCGGAACUCUCGUUGGAGUCUCGGACAACCAUUCACCCGUCAAUCCCGGCGUUCCCUGGGCUGCGCUUCUCCCCCCUUAUUCAGCAGGAGAUUGACCGCAAGGCCGCCGGAUCGCCCUGGGUUGGCGGAAUCGACCUCUCCCGCUAUGAAGCCCCCGAGGCGCCUGCUAAAUCUGCGGACGGAACGCCCAACCUUGAAGAAUGGAAGCGAACUUUGCAAAAGGCUUACACGGCUAGCUCCCACCUGUCGAUGAGGCACGAGAAUCUGGCACUGCUGGAGGAGAACGGAAAGAAUGCUUGGCUGAUUGGCAACGCUCAGCUGGAAGACAUACUACGGGGACUGGAGAAGGAGUUGGCCGAGGUGAAGGAGGCUGCGGAGUCGGUAAACAAGGAGAGAAAGCUCGCCCAGGAAGCCAACAAGGGGGAGAUUGCGGGGUUGGAGGAGACCUGGAGACGAGGAGUUGGAGCCAUUCUCGAUGUGGAAUUGGCUGCAGAAGGCCUGCGGAUGCAAAUCCUAGAGCAGAGGCGCCAACUGGCGCAGCAACAUGCGCAAUAA